GCCGCCGCCGCCGCCGCCGCAUCUCGGGAGGCAGAAGAAACGCCUGCGCAGCAGUAUUCUUCCCAAAUUGCCUGUCUUGCUCUACUCUCAUUUUCCUGAAAAAUGAAGAAAAUUAUUGCAUGCUUCUUUUUGCUGGUUGAACUUUUCCCUACCAAAGCCACAGAGAGACACCUUCCAGGGACACUUCUAAGUCAACAAAAUGCUGCUAUAUUUGAAAAUCUUUGCAAUAAGAAACAGCUGGACCUUGUGCUCGUAAUUGACAGCUCUCGUAGUGUUCGCCCUUAUGAUUUUGAGAAAGUGAAAGAAUUCAUCUUAAACAUCCUACAGUUUUUGGACAUCGGCCCAGAUGUCACUAGAGUGGGACUCAUCCAAUAUGCCAGCACUGUCAAAAAUGAAUUUUCGCUGAAGACCUUUAGGAGGAAACAGGAUGUGGAGAGAGCAGUGAAAAGAAUGAUGUACCUUGCUACUGGUACCAUGACAGGAUUAGCUAUUCAGUAUGCAGUGAACAUUGCAUUUUCAGAAUCUGAAGGAGCUCGACCGCUCACUCAAAAUGUGCCCAGAGUUAUCAUGAUAGUGACAGAUGGGAGACCACAGGAUCCUGUUGCAGAUGUUGCAGCAAAAGCUCGAAAUUCAGGAAUCCUAAUUUUUGCUAUUGGUGUGGGAAGAGUAGAUAUGAAUACACUCAGGUCCAUUGGGAGUGAACCUUAUGAAGAACAUGUCUUUUUGGUUGCAAAUUUCAGCCAAAUUGAAACACUGACUUCUGUAUUCCAGACUAAACUUUGUGUCCAACACAUGUGCAGUAUAACUGAACACAGUUGUGACCACUUCUGCAUUAACACUCCUGGGACUUAUGUAUGUAAAUGUAAACAGGGAUAUAUUCUGAACUCAGACAAGAGGACAUGUAAUACCCAGGAUUUAUGUGAGGUCGAAAAGCAUGAUUGUGAACAGAUAUGUGUGAAUACACCUGGAUCCUAUGUUUGCCAAUGUUAUGAUGGCUAUGAACUUGAGGAAGAUGGGAAGAAUUGUUUUAUUGUGGACUACUGUGCUUUGAAUAACCAAGGCUGUCAACAUGAGUGUGUUAAUACUGAAAUUUCCUACUACUGUCAAUGCCACAAAGGGUUCAUUCUCAAUCCAGAUAAAAAAACCUGUAGACGACCAGACUACUGUGCUUUGCAUAAUCAUGGCUGUCAGCAGGAGUGUGUCAACACAGAUGAAUCCUAUUUCUGCAAAUGCCAGCAAGGAUUUACUCUUAAUCCAGAUAAGAGAACUUGCAAAAGAAUAAAUGUCUGUGCUUUGGGAAAACAUGGCUGUGAACAUGAAUGUGUUAACACUGAAGACUCAUAUGUGUGCAGAUGUCACACUGGAUACACCCUGCGCCGUGACCGCAAAACAUGCAGAAGAGUAGACCAUUGUGCUGAAUCUAACCAUGGGUGUGAGCAGCUGUGCCUGAACACCAGGGAGUCCUAUGUUUGUCAGUGUUCUGAAGGAUUCAUCAUUAAUGAGGAUCUGAAGACAUGUUCACGAGUGGACUAUUGUUUGCUGAGUGACCAUGGCUGUGAACAUUUGUGUGUGAAUAGUGAAAGAUCUUACACUUGCCAAUGCAUUGAAGGAUACAUGCUGCGUAGUGAUGGAAAAACCUGUAAACGUAGAGAUGUCUGUAAAUCAGUGAAGCAUGGAUGUGAGCACCUUUGUGUCAGUGAUGGCCAUUCCUAUCUCUGCAAGUGCCAUGAGGGAUUCAUACUGAGGGAAGAUGGGAAAACCUGCAAAAGUAAAGACCUCUGCAAAUCAGUUGAUCAUGGCUGUGAGCAUCUGUGUGUCAACAAUGAUUACUCCUUUAUCUGCCAGUGCCAUGAGGGAUUUGUAUUAAGGGAAGAUGGGAAGACCUGCAGAAAUCUAGAUGUCUGCAAGUCCACUGAGCAUGGAUGUGAACAUGUCUGUGUUAAUAAUGAUUAUUCAUAUACCUGCAAAUGCCAUAAAGGAUUUAUAUUAAAGGAUGAUGGAAAAUCUUGUAGAAAUCAAGAUGUCUGCAAUUCCAUUGACCAUGGAUGUGAACAUAUCUGUGUUAACAGUGAUGAUUCAUACACCUGCAAAUGCCAUGAAGGAUUUCUAUUAAAGGAAGAUGGUAAAACAUGCAGAAAUCAAGAUGUCUGCAAUUCUAUUGACCAUGGAUGUGAACAUAUCUGUGUUAAUAGUGAUGAUUCAUACACCUGCAAAUGCCAUAAAGGAUUUCUAUUAAAGGAAGAUGGAAAAACAUGUAGAAGUAAAGACCCUUGCAAGUCUAUCAGCCAUGGCUGUGAACAUAUUUGCAUGAAUAACAACAAUUCAUACAUCUGCAAAUGCCAUGAGGGAUUUAUACUGGAAGAGAAUAGGAAGACAUGCAGAAGAUGCACUGAAGGCCCAGUCGAUCUGGUUUUUGUGAUAGAUGGAUCAAAAAGUCUAGGAGAAAAUAACUUUGAAAUUGUAAAAGAAUUUGUCUUGGGAAUCUUGGACUCUCUUACGAUAUCUCCCAAAACUGCACGAGUUGGUUUGCUGCAAUAUUCCACUCAGGUCCGCACAGAAUUUACCCUGAAACAAUUCAGCACAGCCAAAGACGUGAAGAAAGCUGUAUCCCAGAUCAAAUAUAUGGGGAAAGGCUCCAUGACUGGACUUGCUCUGAAGCAAAUGACCGAGAGAAGCUUCACUGAAGCAGAAGGGGGAAGACGCUUCUCAGCAAAAGUGCCCAGAGUGUCUAUAGUGUUUACAGAUGGACGAGCCCAAGAUGAAGUUUCCGAAUGGGCAACUAAAGCAAAGCGAAGUGGAAUCACCAUGUAUGCCAUUGGAAUAGGGAAAGCAAUUGAGGAAGAAUUGCGAGAAAUUGCUUCUGACCCUCCAGGCAAACAUCUUUUCUAUGCUGAGGAUUUCAGUGCCAUGGGAGAGAUUACUGAAAAACUUCAAAAAAGAAUUUGUGACGGUCUGAAGGACCACCAGGGUUUACCAGCAGACAUGCUUCAUUCAGUGAAUUCUGAAGAACCUGAAACAGCUACCCUAGCAAUCACAGAUGUUCUUGCCUGUCCAAAUUUUGCAGUACACCAUAAAUACCUUUUUGAAGAAAAACAGUUGCGAUCAACUGUAUCUUCAGGAAAUCCUUCAGAACACAAGAAAGACCCAUGCAAAUGUGAAAAUCUUGUGACAUUCCAGAAUUUUGCAAAUGCUGAAGUUAAAAAACUAACACAGCAGCUAGAAGAAAUGUCAAAAAGAAUGGAAGCCCUGGAAAACCGAUUAAGAUACUGAUGAAAUGUCCACAGAAGUGUGUUGUGUUGGAUAUUUAUACAUAUGAAGAGAAUGUAUCAAAGGUCGAGUCUCCACCCACGAGACAGGAGAAACUACUUCAGUACUUCAGCAAAGUACCACAUUAUAUUGCAUUUCUGCAUUGACUGCAGAUAAAAGUACAAGAUGAUUUAUAAAAUUAUGCUAUCUUUUUCAAUUGAGAUAAGCUAUGGAAUUUAAUAAAAUGGUGCUACAAAAGUCAUUUCAAAUUGUUUAGAAACCAGCAAGGCCAUUUGCUUAACUCUUCCUUCACCCAGUAGUUCUCCCUUACAAAAAUUGUCUGGGCUGGGUCAUUCAUAGAGGCACAGAAUGAGAAUCCAAUUAAAGUUACCUUUGUACAACCAGUUGUGCAUUGUGUGUUCACAGCCACUUGAACAAUGCAGGGUUUCAGCAGAGCUCUGCUUUCACUGCUUCAGUUUGUGGAAUGACACAUUGGGUACUGCCCAUAAUGGUAUAUAACACGUAAUUCUAGCACUAGAACUACAUCCCUUAAAAUCUUGAGAACAACUUUUAUUUUCUAAAGAACAUCACGAUGGACACACACUCAAAAUAUUUUCCAAUGGGGCUAGGAGUAAUGGGCAGUUAUUACAUGGGAAGAUGGUUUUAUGCCAGAAUGCACAUUUUGGUUGAUCAACAUUAAUAAACUGACAAUCAGACUGCUCCAAUUUUUAAUUAUGCCAAAUUCACAGCACAAGUCCAAUGGUCUUAUUUCCUCCUUUAGUAUAGACUUUCUUUGCUGCCUUCAUCUCAAGAUACUAUCCUAGGUUUCUUUCUAUUGCCAAAUGACAGCUUUUACUGAAUCCAGACUGGAAGAACUCAG